AGCUGGAGAGAUUAACCACAGCGAUACCUCCCAGCGAAGAGCAGACGGAGAUCACGCUGGGCGAGAUAACAGAGGGGAAAAUUGGCCCCUUCAGCUCCAUCAAGGUGCCCAUCAUCUUCACCCCGGUCGUCCCAGGAAACGUCCAAGCCAGGUUCAAGGUCAUGUUUAAGAACCCCCAGUGCCCAGCGCUGCAUUUCAGGGUCAUGGGCGUGGCCAUCGACGUGCCGGUCUGGGUGCCAAAGCCCAGCGUGGACCUGAAGAUCUGUAUGUACGACCGGCUGUACCAGGACUCCGUGCUUGUGCACACACGGUCGAAAGCUGCCCUGCGCCUGAAGUUCGAGGUGUGCAAGGAGCUGAGGGCCCACCUGGAGCUCCUGCCUGAGACAGGCUACAUCCAGGCACAGUCGUCCUACUCUGUGCAGCUCAAGUUCCUGCCGCGACACUCCCUCCCGGAGGAUGCGGGCAGGUAUUUUGACAAGGAGACCCGAGUCCUGGAGGCCCCGAUGACCAUAUGGGUGGCUGACCAGAACAAGCCAGUGGAAUUCACCGUGCAUGCCAUUGUCACCACCUCGGACCUGGAGCUCAGUCCCUCGGAGGUGGAUUUUGGCUACUGCACCAUCUACGAGGCCAUCAGGACAGAAAUCAGCCUCCACAACCACUCACUCCUGCCCCAGGAGUUUGGGUUCGUCAAGCUUCCCAAGUUUGUGGACGUGCAGCCCAACGAUGGGUUUGGGACCAUCCUGCCCCUGGAAACGCUGCAGUUCGAUGUGAUCUUCCAGCCCACCAAGGCCGAGGAAUACAGCUUCAAGCUGACCUGCAAGUCUGAGAUCAACCG